AUGGCUCAAGCCUCGCUCGACAUCAUCGAGGAGCUUACGGAAAUGUGCGCCAUCCUCUAUGUUUUUGGGACAUGGCUGAAGCUGGCCGUUGAUAAGAACUAUCGACUGAACUGCCGUGACUGGGCGCUUAUCGCCGACGCCAGCCAGUACGAAAGUAUUGGCGACGCUCUUAUGGAGGUUUUCCCUCCCAUACUUAACAGCCGUUUCAUAAUAAAACUCGCGGCAGUUUGGCCAGGGGACCGAAGAGAGGGGACCGAAGAGCGGGGCGCUCGCGCGUCGCAUUUCUCCGAACCGGCCUUCAACGGCGGGCCCGCGACGCUGCUCGGGAACAUCGGAGCGCCACUUAACUAUGAGCGGGACAGAGAGAACGAGGAAGAAGUAGACGACUGCUGGGAUGGCGAGGACGGCCGUGCGGGACUGGUCCAGAGUGGUAUUUCGUCAGAGGGCUCUGUAUACUGCUAAUCCGGAUACUUACGGUCAGCACGCGACCACGGACGUUAUGAGAAAACGGUAAGAGCCUAUAUGUGUCCUCUUCUUUGCGCCACCUAGAUAGCAACGUUCAAUACAUGCGUGGGCGGUAGUCAGACAAUAACCCCGCCGGCUUGUCUACUGGCUCGUCGUGUGACCUGACGUACCGCCCGCCAAA